AUGCCUGGUAGUCAACCUCCCAACUCUUCAAUUGAUAGACCUUCAGGGGUGGAAGCCCAAACUGUUGAGAAAAAUCAUCGGCAGAAUGAGCAACCUCCUGUUGUUGUUCCUGACAAGAAGAGGAAACAGCCAACUAUGGGGGAAAUAGGGACCUGGGUAUUUAAUCAAGAGUCAAUUAGGAGGGCCUUGGUUGAAUUGAUAAUCAUAGAUGAAUUGCCCUUUAGAUUUGUGGAGGGAAUAGCUUUCAGGAGGUUCAUAGUUAUUGCUUGCCCUAGAUUUAUAGUUCCAUCUAUGUGGACUAUAAGUAGGGACAUCCUAGUUGUCUAUGAAGAGGAGAGACUAAAAUUGAAGUCAUUUUUAAGGGGAAGCAGUCAUAGGGUUAGUAUCACUACUGACUCUUGGACAUCCAUCCAAAGAAUUAACUACAUGGUAGUAACGGCCCAUUUCAUUGAUUCUGAGUGGAAGCUUCAUAAGAAAAUCCCUGCAUGUGUCCAUGUUACCUCUCACAAAGGUGAAUAUCUAGCCAAAAUCAUAGAAACUUGUUUGCUAGAGUGGGGGCUUAGAAAUGUGUUUUCUGUGACUGUUGAUAAUGUCUCAUCAAAUGACACUGCUAUGGGGUUUCUGAAGAAAAAAUUGGUGUCUUGGGGAUCAUCUACUGUGAGGGAAAAGUAUAUUCACAUGAGAUGCAUUGCCCAUAUCUUGAACUUGGUAGUUCAAGAUGGUCUGAAAGAUUGUGAUAGUUCUGUUAAAAAGGUUAGGGAGGUGGUCAGAUAUGUUAGAAACUCUCCUGCUAGGCUUAAGAAGUUCAGGGAUUUGGCUGACUUGUUGAGUAUUGAAAAAAGGUCUUCUUUGUGUUUAGAUGUUCCAACCAGAUGGAACUCUACCUAUUUGAUGUUGCAGUCUGCAUUAACUUACCAGAAAGUGUUUGAAUCUUUGGAAUCUGAUUGCUCUUUCAAGUUUGAUUUCGGUAAUUCAAUUCCUGAUUUUAUGGACUGGGAAUCUGUUGGCAGUUUGGUCUAG